UGGAAUGAUGCGAGAGAUCGAUCUUUGUUUAAUACGUGAUCAACAUACAUCAGAAGAAUCUCAUAUUUCAGUCGGCAAAAUUAUGUCGAUUCCUCAUUAGGAAGAAGUAAUGUUCGUUCAUCGACUAGUGACACCAGACUCGUUUUUUUUUCUUAGUUAAAGCAGAUAGAAAACAUUUUAAAUUGACUCUGAUUGGUUUCAAACGAGGCCUCAGUGUUAGUAGCACAGAUGCGACUUCAGCGCGGUGCCUCAGUAAUUUAAUCUAUCGUUGUGCCGUAGCAUCAUCAUUCUCCCGCUCUGUGUACUGCUCGUUUCGAGGUGUUCUUCUCCCGUCGUAUAGAUAAGCAGCGAGGAAAACAUGGUCUUAUACUCAUAAAUCAUUGUUCUUGGAAGGCGUGAUGUAGGAACCGAGGACUGACUUCAACAGUUACUAUUGGCAGAAAUGAUUUAAAGCGAGAAUAAAAAAAAUAUCUUGGCAGAAAAGUCUUAUACUCAUAAAUCAUUGUUCUUGAGUUUGAAAAUGUGGACCUUUAUUCACAACAGAUAAUCUUCCAGAAUGAAAGUGUACAUGAUACGCAUGUAUCGCUUGAUAGCGGUGAGUGGAUUUAUGUUUGUGACCUUCUUGAUGGUAUGUACAUUCAUUACAAUCCAACAAAAACCUUUUGAGUACAGUAAGCGGGAACUGGAAGUUGUAAAUAAAGAAUCGUAUUUUCCCAGGAAGUUAAAACGAACGUACAGUAAAUACGAGAUAUCCAACUUACCGUAUUAUCUUUUGUAUCGAAAUCGAUACAUUGCGAGAGCAAAUCACGGUCCUAUUGGAGAAAAAGACUUUAAGAUAAUGAACAAUAAUUAUACCGCAUAUGGUGAGACAGCGUAUGAAAUAACUGAAAAAUCAGCUUUAGAAGCUGCAAACACAGCGUCUUUAAGGCUUCAUAAAGAGAAGGGAAGAACACAAAACUCGCGUGUAAUUCAAGGUCAUCAACAAGAGGUAAAUACUGUCUCAGCAGAAGACGGCGUGAAAAAAUCAUUUACAUUGGAAAGAGACCUUACUGAAUUUUCACAGUUAGUAUUUAACUUAAAAAAAGAACAGCAAAUGAAUACAUUAAAAACCAAUACAGAUUCACAUAAAGGAGUGUCUCGAAAGCAACUUUUGAAUGGAGAGAAAAGCUGGAUUAAAUCAAUUAACAAACUCCUAAUUCCUUUUGGAAUACGUGUUAGUAGCAACACUAUAAAUUCAGUUUCAACAAAGGAUGGAAAAGUAAGUCUGUACAAAGCUGCUUCUGCUUCGAAACUAUCUUCUGUUGCUACCGCGUCUGUGCAUCAUACGCAUACGAAGAAGGAAAUACCAAAAUUUCAGGUUCCCUUUGAUGUUCCCAGUCGUCGGUCCAGAACAUCUGUUGGUGUUCAAAAUUUGAAAGGGAUUCCAGUAGUGGAAGAUGAUAUAUUCUGGUCAGAAGAAGUAGAUUCACUGGUCUCCAAAGGUGUUACGGACGAUGAAGUUUGGGCUUUUAUUUAUCGAAUGCGCCACCUACAAGUUGUGCAAAUAGAGCCCCCUACAUGGAAUCGUUGUGGGAGGCCAAAAAACCAAUACGUUACCUUUCAAGAUGGAUCUCACGUCUGUGCCAGAUACAGGGCACCCCAUGACUACUUAAUACAAGGGGAACUCUUAUCUUUCUAUUUGUCACGUCUUCUUGGUAUACAUAACGUCCCUGCAGUAACUCUGUCAGUGCCAAGUAUUGGUGAGCAGUGGAAAAAAAGAAAUGUUUCGAGCUUUCUUUCUAGAUCUGGAUGGACAUUAAACUCUACCGUUGCCUUAAUUCAGUGGGUUAAUCAUCUCGAACGGGAGAGAAUGCCAAAAAUCCUGCUCCAUGCUUUAGAGAAACAGCAAACAAUUUCUCGAAAAACUUUGGAACUUCGGAACCUAAGCACAGAACAAAUUGUAGAGCUUGCGCAGUGGAGUGAUCUGAUCAUUUUUGACUACGUCACUGGGAAUUAUGAUAGGGUAGCAAGCAUGCAAGAUGCAGCAGAUCGAGAGAAGAAACCUUCCAUCUUACAAGAGACCAUCCACAAUCUCGUGAAAUCUCGUGAAACCAACGCAAUCUGGUUGAUUGAUAACGAGAGUGGCUUGUUGGAUAGUUAUUCUCUUUUAUAUGGAGAUGCAACAGCAGCGCAUCAGGAGUCUCGUUUUAUUUCAUUUCAUGAAGACGUAUUAAAAACAAUGUGUAUAUUUCGUAAGUCAACAGUUAAUCAUUUACGUUGGCUUUACCAUCAAAAAUAUCCUCACAAGGUAUUAGUAGAAUUUACAGAGCAAUACGAAUCUCUGUUUAGGAGGUUGCCAGACAUAUACGAAAACAAGCAAUUUGUUAGACGUUUCCAUGAGCGUCUUCGGAAGGUUUAUCAUCACAUUCAAACGUGCAAGCUACAAUUUGUGCUCUGAUGUUGUGACAUGUGUAUAAUAUUUAUCUAAUGGUAUAACAUGCGCGCAUUUAUAUAGAUAUAUAUUACA